GUGAAUUUCCGCAGUCAAUGUCAUUUGUUUUGACAGCUCAAUUGGAAUCGAACGGGCAGAAAAGGAAAAAAAGGAUUUUCCUCUAGAAAUUCCCAUAAAUCCCAAGUUGGUGAAAAAUGGCAGCACGUCGUGUUACACAAUCAUCCAUCAACUGGGCUGGCCUAGCUGAGAGGGUUCCUGCGAACCAGAAGGCCAAUUUUGUCGCUUUCAAGUCCAAGAGUGACAAGUACUUGCGAAGUGUCCAGGCAAAUCCCGAGAAUGCCCCCAAAAUUGAUUGGGCACGCUACAAGCAAGCAAUCCCCGUGCCAGGGCUCGUGGAGAACUUCCAGAAGCAGUACGAAUCACUCAAGGUGCCCUACCCGGAUGAUACGUUCUCAGCUGAGGUUGAUAAGCAAGAGCAGGAUGUUAAGCGGGAAAUUCAGGAAUUCGUGCGGCAAUCUGAGGAGAGAAUUGCGGAGUAUCAGAAGCAAAUUGCACACCUCAAGUCCCUUCUGCCGUUCGAUCAGAUGACCAUGGAGGACUUCCGUGAUUCCUAUCCCGAAUUAGCUCUUGAUCCACUCAAUAAGCCCACUUUCUGGCCACACAAUCCCGAGGAGCAGCUUGGCUACAAGAAGGAGAAUCCCACGUCCGGUGGGCACUAAGAAGUUUAGCACGCCAUCCGGAUAUAGGAGAUGUUAGCAUGAAAGGCCGGCUCCAAUGAUAAAUUUUGUGUAGAUUUCAAAAAUUAUUGAAUCGAUUAAAUUCUGAGAUGAAGCCGAUAUAAUUAUGAAAAAAAAAA